AUGGACGCGAGCCUCCGCACGCUGCCCCCGGCCGGCAGCAGCUUCCCCGGCGAGGUCCGCUCCGCCGUGUCCUCGCUGCUGCUCUCCUCCCCGGGCGGCACCAGCGCGCUCGACACCGUCUUCUCGCACCUCCCGCCGCCGGUCACCAUCCCGCCGCUCGGCUCCAGCGUCUACUACCGCCAGUGCGAGCUCCUCCGCCACUUCGCAGCCUCACAGCCGCAGACGCAGAAGCACCAUCAUCCCGUCGCCGCCGCCAGCUCGUCCUCCUCCUCGUCGUCCUCCGCCGCCUCGGCCUCGGCAAGCUUGCAGUUCCAGCCGCACCAGACGCCGGCCGCGCCGCCCGACGACGCCGCGGCGGCGGCGGCCAUGCUGCGGCAGAAGCUGUACCGCGGCGUGCGGCAGCGGCAGUGGGGCAAGUGGGUGGCGGAGAUCCGGCUGCCGCAGAACCGGGUGCGCGUCUGGCUCGGCACCUACGAUUCCCCCGAGACCGCCGCGCACGCCUACGACCGCGCCGCCUACAGGCUCCGCGGCGAGUACGCGCGCCUCAACUUCCCGGGCGUCAUGGACGGGCCGGACCCGGACUGCCCCGACCACCUCCGCCAUCUCCGCGCCGCCGUCGACGCCAAGAUCCAGGCCAUCCGCGCCCGCAUGGCGCGGAAGCGCGCGCGCGCGCGCAAGCAGCGCGAGGAGAAGGAGAGCGCCCGCUCCGGUUUCGGUACCGAGGCCGCCAACAAACCAGCCGCCGCGCGCCCGGUCGCCUCCGAGGGCGCCGCGACGACGACCACCACUACCUCCGAGACGUCGACCACGCCGUGCGGGUCGCCGGACGGGGUGCUGUCCGUGAGCGCCGCCUCGGCCGACGGUGACUGCCCGCUGGACAAGAUGCCGUCGUUCGACCCGGAGCUCAUCUGGGAGAUGCUUAACUUCUAG